GUUCAAAGCAUCUUGAAUAGUCUCAUUUAAACAAGUCUAAAAUUUGAAGGAAGACUUUUCCAACUAUGACUCAAUCCAAUAAGUAGAAAAAAAUAUCAGCAACUAUAAAAUUAACCAAUUUUGUUUGUAAAAAAAGUAUCUAAUAAAGGAAGAUGGAUACUGAGAAGAGACUCUAUGAUGCUGCAGUUAAAGGAGAUGUUAGAGUUUUACAAGAAUUACUUGAACAAGAUGUUCUAAUUCUUGAUAGACUUGCCUUAACUUGCUUCAAUGAAACACCUUUGCACAUAGCAGCACUGCGUGGUCAUAUCGAGUUUGUGAGGUUAAUUCUUGCUCAAAAUCCACAGCUUGCUGCUGAAUUGGAUUCGCGGAAGUUAUCUGCUCUUCACAUAGCUUCAGCCAAAGGACAUCUGAAUAUUGUUAAGAUGUUGUUGUUGGUAAAUCCUGAAAUAUGCCUGGCUUGUGAUCGCGAUGGUGCAAAUCCUCUUCAUCUUGCAGCUAUCAAAGGUCGAGUUGAAGUCAUUAAGGAACUUAUACAUGUAAGGCCUCGUGCAGCUCUAGGAACAAUGAUCAACGGAGAAAACAUUUUGCAUUUGUGUGUGAAGCAUAAUCAGAUUGAGGUUCUGAAGGUUCUAAUGGAGAUUGAAUGGGACAGUGAGUUGUUGAAUGCGAAGGAUGGUAAUGGACACAACAUUCUGCAUUUGGCUGUUGCUGAUAAGCAAAUUGAGACUGUCAAGUACUUGUUGAAGACACAUCAAAUUGAUGUGAAUGCAAUGGAUGCAAAUGGGAAUACAUCAUUAGAUAUCUUAGUACAGAGUCGUAGGGACGUGAAUGAUCUAUCCAUUGGUGAAUGUCUUGGAGAAGCUGGAGGUUUAAGAGCAAAAAAUAUUCCAAUGUCCAUCAUUCCCAAUGACUCUGGCGGAAAUAACCAUCCUCCAGUAUCUUCAGCACCAACAUAUUUAGGAGGAAAUCAGGCGCCAUCAAAAGGUGAUUGGCUUUCAAAGAAACGCGAGACAAUAAUGGUGGUAGCCUCACUCAUUGCAACCAUGGCAUUCCAAGCUGGAGUGAACCCUCCAGGAGGUGUUUGGCAAGAAAAUGAAAAAUUGGAUGAUCCGAGAACACCCUUAUAUAAAGCAGGGGAAUCAGUAAUGGCUUAUAAUCAUGCCAGACCAUAUCGAUAUUUCCUUCGUGUCAACACCAUUGCUUUUGUCUCUUCUCUCAGCACAAUCUUGUUGCUGAUAAGUGGAUUGCCCUUCAGGCGCAGACUUUUUAUGUGGGGUUUAAUGGUUAUAAUGUGGUCAACAGUUACCUCAAUAGCACUCACUUAUGGCAUAGCAAUUUACAUCAUCACGCCUAGGAAGGACAGGGAACCACUUGGUCAGAUCAUUUAUAUAGGAAUAACAGUGUGGUGUGGCUUAAUGGCACUACUUCUACUCGGUAACACAAUACGCCUGUUGCGUGUAUGGCAGAAAAAGAAGCAUGAAAUAAGAAGAGCAGCAGUACAAAAAUUUGUAAAUUUAGUUACUGUCAAUGUUUGAUUUUGUUGCAUUCAUAAAUAGGACACAGCCAUUAGAAGAAAUAAUAAUAAUUAUUUUUUUUGAAUCUA